UCCAUUCCAAAGCCCAGACGAUCAGCGAGCCGGCGUGAGCAGACAGGCACACAGAUGAGGCUAGGCCUCUGUGUGGCUUGCCUACUCAGUCCAGUCUGUACACUGGCGAGCUGCACUAGCUAUCCCGAGCCCGUACAACAUGGCGGCAACAUCUAGGAGGAGAGUGAGCAAGCCAAGCUCGUCUGCUUCGAACGGCCCACUCGGCAAGAACGGCAAGCGAGCGGGGCCUUCGGGCGGCACGAGUAGCUCUGGCCAGACUGCCUCUGCUACUCCACCUGAAGACCUGUCCACCUCGGGCGAUCCCACACCUGCUCCUCUGCCGGACCACCUGCAGACCUCUGUCGAGCUUGACCCAGCGUCGAUCGAGCUAGACGCAGCAGCGCCAGAGCAGGCAGGGCAGGGACAGCUCGAGCUCAAGCAGGAACAGCUAGAUGAGCUCGAUCUGGCUACUUCCCACGAUCCUGCUCGAGCUCAGAGUGUGUCGAGGAGUCCGCUGGAUGAGAAGCCCAUCAUCGGAGAGGAAGAGGAGCCAGAGAAUGAGCAGCAAGAAGAGAAAGAGCAAGAGCCCGCAAAGGCAUUGGCCAAACGGCGACCUCGUCGUGCUGCUCCAUUGACAGCCGCACCUGCUGCUCGAUCAGCCUCUCAACUGUCCACUAGCUCACGCUCCAAGAGCUCCGGCAAGUCACGGGGAAGAGGAGGGGGCCAUGCCAGAGGACGCGGCAGCACACGCGGCGCUGCUGCAAGGAGGGCCAAGGCACCUGCUCGUUCUGCGCCAUCGAUCUACUCUGAGGACGAAGAAGAGCUAGAAUCAGAGGAUGUCACACGCUGUCCGUGCGGCAACAACAAUGGUGAGGUGGAAGACGGACUGAUGAUCCAGUGCGAGCUGUGCAAAGUCUGGCAACAUGGCCCCUGCGUCGGCCUCUUCGCAGAGACUUCCUGCCCCGACACGUACUAUUGCGAGCAAUGUCGGCCCGACUUGCACCCGAUGGGCGAAUCAAAGCCGCACCCCAGGCCUACACAAAGCAGAAGCAGGGGAUCCUCCGAAGGUAAAGCUAGAUCUCAAACGAGCGGAAGCCGCGCGAGAUCAUAUGCGUCUCCCGUCAGAGAGGACACGGCGUCGGGUAUGGCUAGAUCGGACCACAAGAGGACACAGAGUCAAGACCGAGAGCGUGCAAAGUCUGUACUAGCCGGGAAGAUGUCGCCCGUAUCGGCUAAAAAGGAAAAGAGCGCUUCCUAUGUACCGGCCAGCUAUUCAACGCCGACGAUGCCCAAGCGACGCAGCACGCUCAAUAGCCGGCUGGAGGAAGAGCAACUCGCCCUCGCUACCGCUGCAUCACUCAAAGAUCUAGGUCUCGAGCCCGAAGAGCCAGCAGUGCCCGAGGAAGACGAGGAGCCAGACGGUGACCAGCAAGACGAACAAGAAGAUCAAGAAGAGAAUGAAGAAGGCGAGGCCGAGAGCCCCGCAAAGACGACAUCACGGCGUCAGCUCGCAGAUCGCAAAGCUGCUGCUGUACGACCAUCCUAUGCAGAAGAUGACAACUUAGAUAUUGAUUCUUUCUACCCUGACCCACCGCCAGCCAAAUCCGGCAAGGGCAAGAAGCGCAAAGCAGUUGCCCCGCCCGAUAAUCAAGAGGGCGAAAGUGUCUUCGCAAAGCCCAAACACCCUAAUCAGUAUACUUAUAGGCCCAAACCGGGUCCGCCAGCGUCCCGCCCCCUGCCUGCUCCUUCCGCGCCACGGUCACCCGUCAGAAAGACAGCAGAAUCUCACACUGUCGUUCCUGCGCCGAGACGGCCGCGAGACCAUCAUGCACAUGCAGAUGGCGGCAUAGACAGACUCAGCUGGCAUCUGCCCGAUCAUCUCGCUCAUCUCGCUCAUCUCUUACCUUCCAGCGCGCCAAAGCCCAUCGAGGUGCCCGUCACCCGACCGAUUGCUUCCACAUCAAAGGCAGCUCGAGAGGCGCCCGGACCUGAUCGUGCGAUGGAGCCUCCCAUGCGGGUCAAGUUUCCGAGCAAACGGUCUACGCUACCCGAACUGCGCAAGAGGGCGAAGGCGAUAUUAGACUACCUGCAACGAGCCCAAGUCGAGAUGGCCGAACGCAGCAAGCGCAACUCUUUGCUCGGCUUGGCAUCGAGCACAAGCGGCUCGUCCUCUGGCGAGAGCAGUAAUACCUCUCGUGUAGACUCCGCGCCGCCUCAGAGUAUGAUCAUGAUGGAUAAGCUCGAGCGCGAAUUGACCGCUUACCAAGACCAUUUUUGGGGCGAUUCCAAGGAAGACUGAAACCGAACAACGCACACUCUGUACUUUCUCGUCAUCACUCCCUCGUGUUGUUCCGACUGCAUGCAAUUCAUAUCUGUACAACUUGCGCGCGCCUGGCGUGCAAAGUGUCUACUUCUCCCUACUCGAUCGCAUUGGUCACCUGGAGCUGUGAAGUCUGCAAGACUAGCUCGGCAAGAUCUUGCUUGAGCUUGAGCAAUUGCGAGAGUUCCUCUUGAACUUUUGAUUGCAGCUCUGGGGCAGUAUCUUUGUUCGCAGCUGCUUUCGCUUCUCGCACUUUGGUUCCUUGCGCGACGAUGUCGGUCUCCAGUCGAAUAAUUUCUGGCGAUUUUGGACCGACGAGCGUCGAUUGUUCGCUCGCGGACUGCGCCGACU